CCAUUUUUUGACACGUUAUGACUGUUUCAGGCCCAUUUUCUGGUAUGGUCUAACACACUGGUUCGCAAACAUCAGAAUCCUCUUUAUUUGCCAAGUAUGUCAAAAACACACAAGUGCCACCAAGGUUUUAUUCUUAAAAAUGUACCUGUAUUAUUUAAAGCCACUGUGACAGGCACAGUUUGGAUGUUAACACUGCGCUUACUUAAAUAAUAAUAUAAAAAAAAUGCUUCUUAAAUAUUAAAUGCAAAUGUUUGUACUGCAUUUGAAAGUUAAAUACUACAGAAAGGUACUUAAAUGUAUGCAUAGCUAAUAUGUUUGAUUGUAGUUUGUGUUCUAGUGUCCGUGUACCACAAGUGGUACUUGAGUCGUACCACACUUUGAGAAUCACUCGUCUGACGCGCUCUCUGUGUUAUGACCUACAAAUUGUGAACCAUCUUUUCAUAUUUUCUGGCACACAUUAUGACGUUGGUUCUGAUGUUUCAAAUCGUUUUAUACUCUAUAUUGUAAGUUCUACCGCUUGUUCUGACCCGUAUUCUGACGUUUUGAUGCAAUAUGACCCUGUUUCAUAUCCACCUGAUAUGUUACGACCCAGAUUCUAUUUUGAAUUGGCCUAGGUGCUUACCUUGUGUUCUGAGAGAGAGGUUUUGACCCACGUUUUCACAUUUUCUGACAUAUUUUGGCCCAUGAUUGCAAACACCUGACAUGUUCCGACACAUUUUCACACUAGUUCCGUAUCAUCCUUAUUCUGGCCUUUGUUUUCAAAUAUUUUGACAUAUUCUGGCCCAUCUUUUUGGUAUCACACGACGCACUCUGACCACACACUGUGUUAUGGCCCGUAUCCAGAAAACGUUUUCUUUUAAACUUAUCCUUGUUCUGACCCAUGAAUCACAUAUUCUGACCCAUGUUUUAACACACAUUUGUUCUGUUAUGGCCCUUGUUCUGACCCAUGUUUUCAUAUACAGUAUUUAGCAUGUUUUGACUGCUUAUCAUCUUUUUUCUGACCCAUGUUCUGCUCAAUGUGCUGAUCCAUGUUCUCAUUUCUUAUGACCUUUGUUUUCAUAUACAUAUUCGGACACCAGUCCGGACACGUCCUUGUUUACAAAUAUUCUAACAAAUGUUAGGUUUUGUCUGACAAAUGUUUUGGUAUACCGAUAAUACGCCACAUUUUGACCCCUGUUCUGACCCGUGCUUUGAUAUCUUCCGCCAUUUUCUAACCCAUGUUUUUGUAUAUUCUAACAUGUUAAUGUCCUUGGUCUGACACAUGUGAGCCAUGUUUUUACAUUUUCUGACCCACGUUCUUAGUUCUAAUGGCCCAUGCGUUCAUGUACUGUAAUACAUGUUAAUAUCGGUUCUGGCUCAUAUUUUGGUAUAAUAUGACACAUUAUGACCCAUGUUUUCAUGUAUUCUGCUCCUUGUUGUUCCGCCACAACUUCUAGGUUCUGACCCAUGUUUUCAUAGAUUUUAACAGGUUCGUAUCAAUGGUCUGACAUGUCCUGGCCAAUGUCCUUCCACAUUCUGACCCGUUGUUUUCAUAUAUUUUGACCCAUGUACUUUAUGUUCUGGCUCAUGUUUUGAUAUGUUCUUCAACAUGUUCUAAUAUGUUCCGGCCCAUGUUUUGGUAUAAUAGGACACAUUCUUACCCAUGUAUAUGUUGACCCAUGUUCUGGCCCAUGUUUUCAUGUUCUUUAGCAUGUUUUAAUAUGUUCUGGCCCAUGUUUUGAUAUAAUCGGACACAUUCUGCCCCAUGUUUUGAUUUAUUCUGACCCAUCUUCUGAUAUGUUCUGGCCCACGUUGUGAACAAUGUUCUGACAUCUUUUGGGCCACGUUGUGAGCAUUAAUCUGACAGUGCAGGUUUUUAGCCUCAGCCCAGUUAUAAUGCUGCUCUUAAACUGCUCCCAUGCAGUAAUCUGAAGCGCAGCUUUUACUGGCUGGAGCGCAAUCGACCUUCCAACAUCCAUCCUCAACCCCGUCAUCUCCAACCACCCCCCUCCUCUCCCCUCCAUCCUGCCUCCAGCUGAUGAGCGUAUUGGCAUCUGCAUUCUUCCGCCUCGCUGACUUAUUGAGGAUUUGUUAGCAUUCUCGUUUGCAGCGGGUUAAUUGUUAUCGACUAUUUUCUCUUUCAAAUGGAUUCACGUAUCUGAUUCAGUUUCCAGCGCGUCCCUCCUUCUCUUCCUCCUUCUCCUCCUCCUCUUCAACCGGGUGGGAUGUUCCCGUCCUCGUCCAGAAGCUCGGCGUUCUCGCCCUGGUCGUCCAUGGAGCAGUCGGACUCGGAAGCGUUGGACAUUAGCGCCAAGGUGCAGCUGCACGGCGUCCUAUGGAAGAGACCCUUCGGACGGCCCUCGGCCAAGUGGUCCCGCAGAUUCUUCGUGAUCAAAGACAGCUUUUUGCUCUACUACGCUGAGAGUGAGAAAAGAAGUUUUGAGAGCAGCAGGAUCUUCAACAUCCACCCCAAGGGAGUGAUUCCUCUGGGAGGAUGCGUGGUGUCGGCCACAGAGGACAUGGGCAUGCCCUUUGGCCUCGUCAUCAGCCUGGAAGACUUCUCAGGCACCAUCGUGGUGGCUGCUGAGUCUGAGGAGCAGCAGCUGCACUGGAUGGAAAUGCUGCAGGAGUCGGGCAAAGUCACGUGGAAAAAUGCUCAGCUGGGUGAGGCCAUGAUUGAAAGUCUGGAGGCUCAGGGGCUUCAGCUGGCCAAGGAGAAGCAGGAGUACUUGGAUAAGCUGAUGGAGGAGACUGAGGAGCUCACCCACCAGCGAGCACAGAGAGAAGAACUGGAGCGUCUCAAUCAGGUUCUUGAGGAGGAGAAGAUGAAGUAUGAGGAAGUGGUGCUGGAGCUCAAGGCCGAGCAGGAGCAAAUCAAACUCGACCUGGACGGCACGGCUCAGUCUCUGCGCGGCGUGGAGAGUGAGAAGGAAGAGCUGAGCGGCCUGACCGUCAUGCUGCAGAAGUCCAUCGAGCAACUCUCCCAGGAGAAACGGAGAACUCUGGAGCUGCUGGAAGCCGAGGAGGAGGAGGAGUUGGGUGGUGAUGAUAAUGAGGCGGAGGUGGUGGAGAGCAGGAAGGAGCUGGGAAACCUGGACCUCCUGCAGGAUCUGCACCACAUCGAGGAGCAGAUGAAGCUGCUGCUGAAAGAGAAGGAGCAGGCGGACGAGAAGCUGCGUGAGAACCAGCAGCGGGCGGAGGUCCUGCAGCAGGAGCGAGAGUUCUACUCGUCGCAGGCCAAUACGCUGCAACACUCGCUCUCUCAGCUCACCGCAGACAAGAAGCAGACGGAGGCCGAGCUGCAGGCGGAGAUUGAGUCUCGCGUGGAGCUGGAGAAGAGGCUGAAGCAGGCCGAGGAGGCCCUGCAGGACCUGGAGAAAGGCCUGGACUCUUUGGACCGCACCAGCGAGCGAGACCAGAGGAUGAGAGGGGACGUCACUCAGCUGAGGCGUGAGUUGAGCUCGCAAUACGUCGACAUUGUGCCUUCUAAAUGUCUUCCUGACGUUGCCGUGGUGUCGAUCAGGCUUCUUCGAGGAGUGCAUCUGCGCUGCCGAGAUCGAAGCCAAGCUGCCGGCCAUCAUGAAGAACGCCGUCUACCUCCACAAGGCGGCGGCACGAAGGAUCAAGAGCUGCCGGGUCCAGAGGAGAGCCUCUCGACGACACUGGUUGAAACACUCCAAGUCGUUCGCCACGGCGAGCCUGGACGUGGGCGGCGCGGGCGGCAGCAUGGAGGAGUUGAGGGAGACGGCGCGCCGCCUCACCUCCGACAGCAGCUUCCGGGAGAGCGUCUAUGAGAUCAUAGCGCGCAAGGACGCCACCACCAGCUUCGACCAAGA